CCACCAAUUACUUCACCAGUCCUUAUUAUCCGAACGUGACUCACGUUUGUCUUUCCCUUAAAGAGGUCAAUUCGCCUUUACGGCUUACGAGACAAGGUUUUCUCCUACACCACUCACCCAAAGUCCACAAUGGAGCACAUUAAGAAGACGUUUGCGCAGUGCAAGAAGGAGGGCAGGUCUGCCCUCGUCACCUAUGUGACAGCGGGUUACCCCACUGCUCAGGAGACGCCCGACAUUAUGCUGGGCAUGGAGGCCGGUGGCGCAGACAUCAUUGAGCUCGGUAUGCCAUUCACCGACCCCAUCGCCGACGGCCCUACGAUCCAGACCGCGAACACCCAGGCGCUGAAGAACGGAGUCAACACCGGCGAUGUUCUCCAGAUGAUCCGCGAUGCACGUAAGCGUGGGCUUAAGGCCCCCGUUAUGCUCAUGGGAUACUACAACCCUCUACUCAGCUAUGGCGAGGAGAAGAUGCUCCAGGACGCAAAAGAGGCCGGCGCCAACGGUUUCAUCAUGGUCGAUCUGCCGCCGGAGGAGGCUCUGCGCUUCAGGAACUUCUGCCGCAGCUACGGCCUUUCCUACGUUCCUUUGAUCGCCCCGGCUACUUCGGAACACCGCAUGCGCGUUCUCUGCCAAAUUGCUGACUCAUUCAUCUACGUUGUUUCCCGCAUGGGUGUCACGGGCGCUUCCGGAUCCAUGAACGCAGCCCUGCCCCAGCUACUGGAACGUGUCCACAAGUACUCUGGCAACAAACCGGCUGCCGUUGGUUUCGGUGUCAGCACGAGGGACCACUUCCUGAGCGUUGGCCAGAUCGCCGAGGGUGUCGUCAUUGGCAGUCAAAUUAUCAAUGAGAUUGCCAAGUCUGAACCCGGAACUGGCGCUAAGGCUGUUGAGAAAUACUGCGACGCAAUCUGCGGCAAGAGCAGCCGUGAGACCACCCGCGAAGUGGGCAUUGUGGAGGCUCUCGCCGGUGCCAAGGAGCCCACCGGUGUGCAUGUUGAUAAGGUUAUUACCGACGCGGAUACCCCUGACGGUCCCGGACUGGUGGAUCAGCUGGAGGCGUUGAACGCCAAUAGCGAUGGCUUCAACGAGGAGCAUGCACUGCCUCCCCGCUUCGGCGAAUUCGGCGGUCAAUACGUGCCCGAAUCGCUGAUGGACUGUUUGUCGGAGCUUGAGAAAGGCUUCAAUGCAGCGAUUGAGGACCCUAAGUUCUGGGAGGAGUACAGAUCCUACUACGAUUACAUGGGCCGUCCUGGACACCUGCACCUUGCGGAACGUCUGACAGAGCAUGCCGGCGGAGCAAACAUCUGGUUGAAGCGCGAGGAUCUGAAUCAUACCGGAAGUCACAAAAUCAACAAUGCACUCGGUCAGGUUCUAGUUGCCCGAAGGCUUGGAAAGACCGAGAUCAUCGCCGAAACUGGAGCUGGCCAGCACGGUGUUGCUACCGCUACGGUCUGCGCCAAGUUCAACAUGAAGUGCACCAUCUACAUGGGCGCCGAGGACGUCAGGCGUCAGGCCCUGAACGUCUUCCGCAUCAAGCUGCUCGGUGCCUCGGUUGUUGCUGUCGAAGCAGGCUCUCAGACCCUCCGUGAUGCGGUCAACGAGGCCAUGCGUGCCUGGGUCGUUCACCUUGACACCACUCACUACAUCAUUGGAUCUGCUAUUGGGCCUCACCCGUUCCCAACCAUUGUCCGUACCUUCCAGUCGAUCAUCGGCAAUGAGACCAAGGCGCAGAUGCAGGAGAAGCGCGGCAAGCUUCCCGAUGCCGUUGUAGCCUGUGUUGGUGGCGGCUCUAACGCUGUCGGCAUGUUCUACCCCUUCGCUAACGACCCUUCGGUUAAGCUGCUUGGUGUUGAGGCUGGUGGUGACGGUGUCGACACCGACCGCCACAGCGCUACGCUGACUGGUGGUACCAAGGGUGUCCUCCACGGUGUCCGCACCUACAUUCUUCAGGACAAGCACGGACAGGUCAGCGAGACUCACUCUGUCUCCGCCGGUCUUGACUACCCCGGUGUUGGACCUGAGCUUGCCAGCUGGAAGGACAGCGAACGUGCCAAGUACAUUGCUGCCACUGAUGCCGAGGCCUUCAUUGGCUUCCGUCUUGCAUCUCAAUUGGAGGGUAUCAUCCCUGCGCUUGAGACUGCUCACGCAAUCUUCGGUGCUGUUGAGCUGGCGAAGACCAUGUCAAAGGAUCAGGACAUCGUCAUCUGUGUGUCUGGCCGUGGUGAUAAGGACGUGCAGAGUGUCGCCGAAGAGCUUCCCAAGCUGGGUCCCAAGAUCGGCUGGGACCUGAGGUUCUAAAUGCUUUUUCGCAUGAACUCCACAGCACAUUGAGCAAGCCCGCAUAUGGACAGCCGUCGAUCUAGUAGCAAUCUCGAAAUCUAGACAGCAAUGAAAAUCAAACCUGUUCUUGCCA